CCUCCCUUGCCUGCCUGCCUGCCCUCCAUGCCGCCAGCGCCCUCCUCGACGCGCACCAAGGUGCAGCUCAAGCUCGUCGUGCAGCGUCUGCGCAUGCUGCAGGAGAAGAAGUCCACGCUGGCCAAGCGCGACCGCAGGGACGUGGCCAGCUUGGUGGAGAAGGGCAAGCUCGAGACGGCGCGCAUCAAGACGGAGGGCAUCGUCGCCGAGGAUAUCCACGUCGAGCUACUAGAAGUGCUCGAGCUGUAUGCUGAGAUGCUCAUUGCUCGAUUUGCACUGCUCGAUCUCCCCGGGCGGGAACCAGACGCCUCCCUCCUGGAGCCUCUCUGCGCCUUGAUCCACGCGGCGCCGCGCACCGAGCUGCGCGAACUGCACGCGCUGCGCGAGAUGCUCAUGGCAAAGUACACGCGCGAGUUUGCGCUGCGAGCCACGGAGAAUGCCGAUGGCUGCGUGCCGAGUAGAGUCACCGACAGGCUCAAGGCUCAGGUGCAGCAGAGGGGCUUUGUCGAUAGCUACAUUGCUGAAGUUUGUCGAGCAUACAACGUGCCCUUUUCCUCGCCGUACCUAGAGGAAGCGACACUCGAUGCCCCGCCGUCGCUUCCCUCCGACUCUCUCGCCGCCGAUGCCGCUGCUGCCGCCGGCAACCAUGUCAACGACGGAGGCGACGAAUCAACAGCCGCACAAGCACUGUCGGACAAAGCUCCAAUCGCAGCACAGUCCGACGCGAGAGUGGCAGCGGCGACGGGCACGCCAAAGACGCCGGGCGCUCAGGUGCCGGGCGGCGGCGGGGGCGGGGGCGGUGCAGCGGCAACUACGGCGACGGCCGCAGGGCCGAGCAAGGAGGAGAAGGCAAAGAAGAACGCAGCGUCCGCGUCCGCGUCCGAGGUGGAUUCGUUGGAGGCGCGCUUUGCGGCGCUCAAGAAACGCUGAUUUGGUGGCGUGGCGCACGGAGCGCGCCGCGGCGCAGGAUGGAGGAUG